AUGCAGUCCAUUGGAGCCCAGCAGGACCAAUACGGACAGGUAGCAGGAAGCCACUAUAAACCACUACAGACCAGUACUAACUGACACCAUAAACCAGUGUAAUCCAGAAGGGACAGUUUGGGGAAACCAUUACAGAGUAAACCAGUACAGGGAGGUUUUGUCUCACUCAUGUCUGUGAAUUGUUUGUUGUUGUAGUACACAGUGAACUGUAACCAGAUCAACAGCCUGCCUACUCUCACCUUCACCAUCAAUGGAGUCAACUUCCCCCUGCCACCAUCUGCAUACAUCCAGCAGGUGAGUGUGUGUGUGUGUGUGUUUGUGUGUGUGUGUGUGUGUGUGUUACCCUCUAAGACUGACGUUAGGAUAAUGAAGGCCAUUUUAGAUGGCUCAAGCUGGUCCAUAAGCCUUGUGUGUGUGCCUCAGCCAUGUGUCAGAAGUGCAUGUAAAUGUGUUUGUGGUGUGUGCAUGCAUGCGCGUUUGUCUGCGUGUGUGUGUGUAUUGCACUCAACAUGCGUGUUCUCCUCUCUCCAGAGCAACCAGGUCUGCUCCGUGGGGAUCACCCCCACCUACCUGCCAUCCCAGAACGGACAGCCCCUGUGGAUUUUGGGAGAUGUAUUCCUCAUGGAGUACUACUCCGUCUACGACCGCACAAGCAACCAAGUGGGCUUUGAGACCGCAGUCUAA